GCUUCCCUUGUGGACGUACAGUCUACAACUCGAGUACGACGACGACAAACGCUCUACAAUCUCUGGUUCAUUAUGUCUUCUUCAUCUGUUCUUUCGCUGCCACCGGAGCUGCUCAUCAAGAUCCUUGAGGAUCUGGACUACAAAGCAGUACUAACCUGUCAGCGAGUAUGCAAAGCCUUCCAAGAACUCAUCGAUAGCAGCGUUACAAUAAAAUAUCAAGUCGCUCUCUCCGCCGGCGGCUUGUCAGAUGGGCCACCGAGUCUCCUCACGCCGUCCGAACGCCUCAAGCUACUUCAAAAACAUCAACGCGCAUGGGAGAGACUGGACUGGUCGUAUCAUGAGAAAAUGGAGAUGCAUACAGGAGGGCUGUGGGAGUUGUACGGAAAUGUGUUGGUGCAGAGCAGAGGCCCGGUUCGGAGACAUCUCGUCUUUCACCAGUUGCCGUCGAGAUUGAGGGGGAUCGAGGAACGGAAGUGGGAACUUACCACUGAGUUCUCGUUGAGAGACUUUGGAAUCGAUCCUUCUCAGGAUCUGCUGGUGUUGUUGGAAGCUCGACAUCCUCACGGUGGCGUCCACCAUAUUCACCUUCGGUCGUUAUCCACCGGCAAGGAACAUGGUUUGGCAUCGAAGGAACAGCUGCUGCAUCCCGUUGAGUUCACCACAGCGACAAUAGUUAUGUGGUCCUACGCCGUCCAGGUCAAUGGAGACUAUCUCGGGGUGGCAUUCACAUGUGAGGAUGAUGAGGUUGACAAUGAUGUAGUGGUUUGGAACUGGAAGACGGGUGAUCGGUUAUUUGCGCUGAGAGAUAUCAGUAUAAGUUCUUUCACGUUCCUGAGCGAUACAUACAUCCUCGUUGGAUGUGUGGAAGGUCCCGAAGGCCAGGACGGCCCUUCGAUGCUGGUAUACGAUUUUAUACACACGCCGACCAAGGAGCCCAGCUUUCACGGGGUACCGUACGUUGCGUCGUUCGAGUGGCCCACGAUGCGUCCAGAUAUAAUUCCCCUCGACUUGAUGAUUCGUUCGGACCCAGCGCCAGUUUGGACGCCCGACGAAAAGCAGCGAGUUCCUUUCCACACCUCCCAUACCGAGCGUCUCCUCGUCAUCAAUUAUACGGUCAUCGUCUCUGCGACGAUCCGCGGCUUACAGCUCUAUGUCCCCUCAAGUACUUUAUUGGAUCGCGUCAAUUCCCUCGAGGAGGGUGUCACGUGUCACGCUUUCCCUUGGGAUUCAUGGGGUCCCACUGGAUCGCGCCUGACCAAACAAAUGCUCAACUCGGCCGUCUGGGUGUGUUAUGUAUUCGGGAUGAAGUACAUAUCGCAAAAGCCGUACAACUGGCUCGGGGAAGAAAUAAUAAGUGUCACGGAUUACCAUCCUUUACGUGUUCGUCGGGUUCUCUGUGCACAAGAAGGAGAAAAACAAGAGUGGAAAGUCAUCACAGACCCCACCGUCAUCGAGGGCGGCUGGCUACAACAAGGACCUGUCGAGUCUAGCUUGCCCUAUCUCCGUAAAGAGAUCAACCUGCCGGACGAUAUAGUAGAACAAGAGGACGUAGCGCUCAUGAUCAGUGAAGACACGCUGAUCGCUCUCGAGAAGGUGUCCACGAGUCCGCGAACAAUACACCUGUACACAUUUUGAUACGUAUAGAAAUCUUUCAAGACUCCUGUUUACCUGCAUGCGAACGCGCCGUGUGAUGCGUAUUCAGAUGUCACAUUCCUUCGUCCCCUGUUGAGUAAUUAAUUGUCCGUUCGACGUGCGGCGUAUCUUAGCCAAUAUCACGCAACUGCCAUCUUGG